AUGGCACUCGCGUGCUGCUGCACGGCGCAUGUGAUGUCGAGCCUGGUGAUUGUCGCGCGCCGGCGAUGUUGCGGUACUCGCUCGGGUCACACGGACAGGAUCGCUAGAGGUGGAUGGGAGCUUGGCCUCAUGUCGAUCGGCAUUGUUGACGGUUUGCGGCUCACCAUCCUGCGCGCGGUCCAAAAGCUCGCUGGCAUACUUCGACUAGGAAAAGAAGAACCCCGCGUUGGUUUGAAGGAUACCGAUUCCUCUGACUAUAGCUCUCCACUCCGUCGCCCCAAGUCUUUACUUGUGGAAAAAACAACUAGCAAUGGGGAAAUAGUGUAUGAGUACAACUCAGAUCAAGAGGUCGUGGAUGCCUAUCACAAAGAUCUUCACAAGUACCAGAAGAAAUUAGCUCGUCAACAACAGCUACCCACACUUAAGGAAUGCAAUUAUGCCCGAAAUAUAACUGAUUGGGAUAAUCUAAAUCAGAAGAAUGCAAUUCUAGAUGUUGCUGAGUCUGUGCUGCGCCUUUCUUCCUCCCAUGAUGGCAAAGAGAUCAAUAGCUGUAAUGGUAUUAUCAUUGAGUGGGAUGAAAGUGACAAAUCUGCUAUUGUUCUCACUUCUUCUCAGAUUAUAGCCACAAAGGUAUCAUUAGAUGAUUGGGAGGAUAAUAAUGUUUACGUUCCCAACGCCAAGGUGACUGCUCACCUGUUAGAUGGAACCAUUUCUGAUAAUCUGACAUUAUUGUACUUCAGCAAACAUUAUGAAGUUGCCUUUUUUAAGCUUAUGGGAGGAUCAGAGUUACAAGUUGCAUCAUUGGAACCUAAGCUUGAGUUUGGUAGUGAAGCCUGUGUGUUAGCGAGGGAGAAAGAUCUUGGAUUGAUUUGUAGGGAGACGAAGAUACUAGCAUUGGAUCCUUGUGACCACCAAAGGAAUCACUAUCUAUUCAUUGGUGGCUCAAUUCCUCAGUCCAGUACUGGAGGACCAUUGACAGAUUUCAACCGGAAAGUUGUGGGUAUGGUUGUGAAUGCCUUACCUAACUUUGCCUUUAUUCCUAGCUCCAUUAUCAUCACAUGUUUUCGACUGUGGCAAAGUUUCAAGAAAAUUGCUCGACCCCAUCUUGGUUUAAAGCUAAGGACUGUUCAAUUUCUUGACAUAACACAUCUCGAGCAGCUAUCCCGCGAUUUUAAAAUUAGGGAUGGUCUCAUUGUUGGACAGGUGUCUAGCGAAUCACUUGCUGAGAGAAAUGGUUUCAGAACUGGUGAUAUUAUCUUUAGUUGUCAAGGAGAGACUGUUUUAACUAUAAGCGAGUUUGAAGGUAUAUUGUUGGAUAUUUGUGCGAAACAAUUUGAGGAGGGCAAGGGUCUGAACGAUGAAGUAGAUGUUGAGCUUGGUGUCUACAAACUGCGUAAACCUGCCAGGAGGAGAAUGGUCACUUUGUCCGUACAGCUAUCGGAUUGUAUGGAGGCCUUUGAUUAUUAA